AUAUGAUACCCUGACUGAAUUCAACAACGUGACUCAGCACUUUUUUUGUCGCUUGAAGUCACUGAAAAACGUAGGAUACAAAAGCCCACCUUAAAGUACUUUCUUUGCUCAUUCUUUGGAGGGACAAUUGGCUGUAAAGAUACUUUAAGUUUCUGUACUAUCUUGACCGGUUGGUUUGACCGAAAAAUGGGAGACGUAAGAAAUCCUAAAGUGCAAUUUACAAAAAUCUUUAUCAACAAUGAAUGGCAUGAUUCUGUAAGUGGAAAAGUCUUUCCAACAAUUAAUCCUUCAACUGGUGAUAAAAUAACAGAUGUUCAGGAGGGAGAUAAGGCAGAUGUUGACAAAGCAGUGAAGGCAGCUAAAGAAGCUUUCAAAUUAGGCUCAACAUGGAGAACUAUGGAUGCUUCAGAAAGAGGCAAGCUGCUCAACAAGUUUGCUGAUUUACUUGAACGGGAUAAAGACUACAUAGCUAGUCUGGAAACUAUAGACUGUGGGAAGACUUUUAGAAAUGCAAGAGGAGAUGUUGAAUUUGGAAUCAAAACUAUUCAAUACUUUGCUGGAUGGACAGAUAAGAUUCAUGGGAAGACCAUACCAGUUGAUGGCAACCUCUUCAGCUUCACAAGGAUUGAGCCUGUAGGAGUUUGUGGCUUAAUUGUCCCUUGGAAUUUUCCUCUCAUGAUGGUGACCAAUAAAUUAGGACCCAGCUUGGCUGCUGGGAAUACAGUUGUUGUAAAACCUGCUGAACAGACUCCGUUGACAGCACUCUAUGCAGGAAGUUUAAUUAAAGAAGCUGGAUUUCCUCCUGGUGUUGUUAACAUUGUUCCUGGUUAUGGAACAACUGCUGGAGCAGCUAUUUCGGAACAUCCAGAUAUUGAUAAGAUUUCCUUUACUGGUUCAACUGAGGUAGGGAAGUUAAUCCAGCAGGCAGCAGGUAGAAGCAACACUAAACGAGUUACUCUUGAGAUGGGAGGUAAAAGUCCCCUGGUGGUGUUUGCAGAUGCUGAUUUGGAUAAAGCAGUUGAAAUGGCUCAUAUUGGAUGUUUUUACAAUCAAGGAGAAUGUUGUUGCGCUGGCUCACGUACUUAUAUUCAAGAAGAAAUUUAUGAUGAGUUUGUGAGGAAGAGUAGAGAACGGGCAAUGAAGAAAAUUGUUGGUGAUCCUUUUGAUGAAAAAACUGAACAGGGCCCACAGGUUGAUCAUGAUCAGUUCACAAAAAUUCUAAACCUUAUUGAGUGUGGUAAAAUGGAAGGAGCAAAAAUAGAAUGUGGUGGUGGACGCCUUGGUAAAAAAGGUUUUUUUGUUCAGCCAACUGUUUUUUCAUCUGUUACUGACAACAUGAAGAUUGCUAAAGAAGAAAUAUUUGGACCAGUGCAACAGUUAAUGAAGUUUAAAACUUUGGAUGAAGUUAUUGAAAGAUCUAAUAAUACUCACUAUGGUUUGGCAGCAGGUAUUUUUACUAACAACAUUGAAACAGCCUUGUUGUAUACUCAGGGUGUCAGAGCUGGAACCAUAUGGGUGAACUGUUACCUAGCUUCUGGUCCACAAGUUCCUUUUGGAGGAUUCAAAAUGUCAGGUCAAGGUCGAGAAAUGGGAGAAGAUGCUAUCCAUGAGUACACAGAAAUCAAAACUGUUACAAUGUGCAUUCCACAGAAAAACUCUUAAACUUUCGACCAUGAAGGAGCUUCUUACUUUAUAACAAUAUAUUGAUUAUAUUUUUUAAUUGUUACUUUUGUUUCGAUUAUAACAUCUUUUGGGUUUUAUUAUUGUUUCUUAAUAAAAGGUUAACCAUUGUUAGUACA